AUUCAAAUCAUUAAAAUUACAAAUAUUUUUUGGGAACAAAAUCAGUUGAUUCCGGUUGAAUAUGCGAAUGUGGCCAUGAAGGAUCUAAGCGAGGAGUUACUGGAUCGCCAUUUCAGGCAGCAGCUAGCCAGUUACAAGUAUGCCGAUCAGGCAAGGGCUAAGCAGUCGGAUCGCCCCAUCAUGGCCAGAUGGAUAAAGAUAUUCGAGAAGGCUCCUCUCAGCGAGAAGUUGGCCCGAAAUAGCCUGAUGCUGCUCAUGCAUGGCCACUUGAAGGACUUUGGAGUGCUCAAGGAACCGUUCACGGAUGUGCGUAACUACAGUAGGAAUCUGAACGUAAUUUUGGAUGAGUACAGAGGCCAGCCAUGUAAGAAGUUAGCUACUGGCAAAUCACCUACACUGCUCAAGAAGUGCUCGACUCAAAUUUUACGACCCAGGAAACUGGAACCCAUCAAGGAGGUUUCCGAACAAUCGGAAAAUGAUCCUACGACCAGUAGUUUUGCCAGCAUUGUGACAAUAAUACGAAAAACAAAUACGCGAUCCUCUGACUCGAAGGAUAGCCAAGUUUAUCCAAGGACUGGCUUCGAGUCCCCAAAUGGUGCUGAUAGUCACACUGUGAAGAAGAGAGUCGAACUAUUGGAGUAUGAGCUCUCGAGAAAUAAGCAGCAUCCAUCGAGCUCCACAUUCAAUCGGGAUGCACCUGACAGCGGAAGAACCCAUUCCUCCAGUUCCUUAUCCCAAGAGAAACUCAUCAAGAUCACCAAUGUCAUAGAUCAGGUCAACCGCCGAUCAAGUGCUGUGAAAAAUCUGAGGGAUUGCUUUGAGGAAAUGGCCGAACGUUUGAAAAACACAAUCGAAUCAAAAUAUAAAUCGAAGAUUCCGCCGCCAAAGCCGCCAAAGAAGAUUCAUAAGGAUGUUCCUGCCGAGCGAGCCAGUGCCCAAUGCCAUUCUCCUAUUGGCGUUACGGACCCAACUGUUCAGGGAUUGCUGAUGCGUAGAGAACAGCUGCGUGUCCAGUGCUUGGCAUACUACAACUCGGAUGGCACGAUGAAGGAUGUGAUGGACAUGCCUGAUCUCUCAAUGGAUACUAUGAAAGCUGAACAGAGAGUCAGAGGGUUCAUAGUUGGUGCCUACAAGGCCUUGGAGCGUCUGAAACGCUGGCGCGGAAAAUCCAAACGGUUGAGAUUUUUCCAAACCUGCUUCCAGAAAUUUGGGCUUCGUAAUUUUUGGGAACUACAGGCUCUGGAUCGAAGAUUCGAGAGGGUGGCGCUCAAGUGGUAUCGCCAUAAGGUGAUGGCAUGUCUACAGAACACCUGGCUUACUUAUCGCAGAAGCAUCUUGGCCCAGAAGCUAUCGUACGACGAGGACGAUCUACAGCAGAUGCGCCACCAGAUUGAGCUGCAGGAGGAGUUGCAGCGGGAGCGAAUGGUCCACCUGGCCAAGAUCAUGGAACUGUGCAGGAGCAACUGUCACGGGAUCGUCACGCAUAAAGUCCUUAGCAAGAUGCUCGAUCGCCUGGAGGAUGAACACGACCAGCUGGCCCGGGAUCUCAAAUCACUGCUCCGCCAGAAGGACCAACUGUUCCAGUAAAGCAUCCUGCGAAUCCGCAACUUUUCUCGCACCAGAUUUUUGAUAUCAUUUUGCACCUUUGUGUAAGCCCGUUUACACCGCGAGCUACGCUGCUCGUUAAUUAAUUUAAAUACUACGCUUUAUUAAAUUAAGAACUGCUGACAGGG